UUUACUUUAGGGAAGCUUCGCUGCCAAUCCAGCGUUAGCCUGCUAGCACUCCUCGUUGUAAAGCCCAGGCGGGAGGUUUUAACAAAAUAAUUUCCCGGGGAUACAAGCGGAACAUUUGCAGGACUUCUACGAGUUUGCAUGUUUAAAUGUGUUCUGGAGAGAAAAAAGGGGCAGGAAGCUCUACUCGAACAUGGCUAACUAACACAUGCAGACAGGUGCCCAGAUUUCGUCAUGACACCGGUGUGCUGAUGAAAAACGUCCCCUCGGAGUUCUCGGGGUGCAGCCCGUCCUGUGACAGCCAGCAUCAGCUGCUAACAGCUAACCAUCAGCGUGUCGCUCCGCCGCAGUAACGGCCUCCGUGCUGUCCUUUAAACCGCACAGAGGUUUGACACAGAGCGGGUUUAAACUGACCAGAGCUCUCCUCUGACCCCUGACAUUAGCGCGAUAGCAUGGCAGCUAGCCGCAUCACUUACCCAGCCAGCCCCCCGAACAGGAACUUGAUGGCCUUCGGGGAGGUCUUGGGCUUCGCAUCCGCCAUGUUUCCCCCGAUCGGUCAGUGGCCGCAGAGUGCGUUCAGAUUUCUGCCGCCUGCCUGUGUGCCUUUGAGCUGAGCUUUCCGCCUGCUUUCUCCCCGUCGCAGCGGCGGCAGCAAGAGCAGCAAGGUGACUCUAUAAAGCGGACGCGUCCCGAGACACGAAGAGCAACGGACCAAUCAGGAGGCGAGGAACGAGCAACGUUCAUGGCGGUGUUACCUCUAGGUAUCCAAUGACAGCUCUCCGAUCAUGUCCGCGGGCGGGGCUCCACACAGAGCGGACUAAUGAGGAGGAGGCAGAGCCAUGACGGGCGAGGAGACGAGGAGGGGUCGGCGGUGGCAGGGGAGCAGAGCGGGGCGGUGGGGGGCGUGCCACGUCUUGCCGUCUUCCUGUUCCCCUCAGAGAUGGUGUUCUACGCAGAGCAGAGGAGCUCCCAUAGGAGGGUGCUGACCCUCUACAACCCCUACAACUUCAGCCUCAGCUUCAAGAUGUGGUGCACGGCGCCCUCAUUCUACAGGGUGGUGGAGGCAGAGGGCAGCAUCCGGGCCAAGUCCUGCGUCGACCUGGUCGUGCGUCACCUGGACGUCUCCCCCAGACACUGGGGCCGCAGGGACCGGUUCCGCAUGGAGGUGAGGGGCGGAGGCCAGGUGGGACGACGGGAGAUUUGGGCGGAGCUUAGAGGAGGACAAGAGGAAGAGGAGCAAAGAGGAGGUCAACAAAGGGCGCUGCCCCAUCCUACUUCUCAGCUCCUGCCCACACAGGCACACCUGCCUGCCUGCACAGCUGUGCGCAGCGCGUCUCAGUGGGCGGUGUGUGUGGCUGUGGCGGUGCUGUGUGUCACAGUGUUGAUGCUCCCCCUGCACACUGACAGCAACUCGCUGGUUCCACGCUGGCUGCACGUCUCCACCAAUCAGAAACUGGUCUGCGCCUACACACUGGGUCUUGUUACCAUGGUGUUUCUACGGUGACGUCAUGCUGCAGCGACCUGUGGCCUCACCGUCGUCCACACAGGAGGAGACCUCAAACGACUGUCAUGGGACAGCGAGUAGCGUGUUCAAAAAAGCUUUAUUUAAACGUGUCGACGGAGCGGACGGAGUCAUCGACCACUGAUGAACAGUUGGAUACGAGCGCCGUGAGAAGAAAUGGACGUUAAACCGACGAACAUGUGACAAAGCUGUGAUGCUGCGUAAAUAAAAUGAUUGUAAAUAAAAACAGAAAGUGAUGAUUUUAA